GCAGAUUGUUUGCGUAUUGGCAUCUUUCUCACACACGCAGAUUUGUAGUUUGCCAGCUGGACUAAAAGUGCGGAACGGCUUUUUCAAACGUUGACAUAAUUUUCAGCAUCAAAUAGGAACAGAAUGUCUUCAUUCAAGAUCUUUAUUCUCCUCUUUGCCCUGUGGAUAUCCUCUGGAGAAUGUGAUGAUGUGUUUUAUAAGCAAGCUGGGAGUGACAUUUCCUUGUCUUGUGGUGUACCUUCAGACCGUGAAAUAGAAUGGAAAUUUAAUGAUACUCGCAUCUUUAUCAUUACUGGCAAAACAGGAGCUCGACGGAAGGGCACUUCCAAAGCUGUAGAACAUAUUAUUUCUAAAGUGCAUGUAAAUGGAGACAAACUGAAACUACCCAAACUGGAGACACGUGACUCAGGAGUCUACUCAUGCAGGCACAUGCAGUCAGAGAAAAAAUACACUGUGCAUGUUGUAUCAGUCUUUGCUAAACCACCACUAGCAUCUCCUGGGUCUGGUGUAGAGUUGCACUGUAACAUUGAAGGAGAACAACAAGCCACAGUACAAUGGCUGAGCCCCCUUGGCAAGCAAUACAGUGAUCAAGUAAUUUCCCUGAAAUCCGUGACCUCAAAUGAUGAUGGCAAGUGGACAUGUCAGGUCAAGGACUUGAAGAUAAAUGUAACAUUGGCUGUUGUUGGUCUCCAGACCAAAGAUGUUGAAGUUCUUCAAGGGGGCAACAUAGUGCUGCCCUGUUCUCUCUCUAACAGUAUAUCUUCUCCGCGUGUAGUGGGUGGGAAUUGGAAGGCUGACCAUUUCGCCACAGACUCUUUCCCAGCACUAGAAAACUCAUAUGACAAAGGCUUACACUGGAAUGGCAAGAAUACAUCCAAAGUCAGAUUUACAAGAGGACAGCUCACCACCAACUUUGAUAUCAACCUGAUUAAUGUACAGCGUAGUGAUGAAGGUAUCUUUGUGUUUACAGUGGAGUUUGAGGGUGGAUUGAAGCAAACUGCCAAGAUGACUUUGAAGGUUAUAGCUGCUCCUGCAGUCCCCAGUGUGAAUGGGCCUGGUCAGGGACCUUGGACCAAGGAUGUGUUAGGUGUUAAGUUGUGGGUCUGGAUUGCUGUAGGAGCAAGUUCUUUGGUUCUAAUUGGACUUAUCAUCUUGACUGUUCUUGUCCAACGGAGGAACAAACAAAUGCAGAGGAGGGUAAGAAAGCUGAGAUCCAUGCGCCAACCUCUUACAGCUAAAGAAUACUGCCAAUGCAACAGAUCUGAGAGAGAGGUGGUGUUGGGAAAGCAAGUGAGGCCAGUUCCAGUCUCCAGACAACAAUGUAAAACACACACCACCUUGCUAUGCCACCAGCAGCACCAUGUGGUGUACCUUUUUCGUUGUGUAAGUGAGGAGAGAUCCGCCUUUCGUGGAACAAGGGAGGAAGAGAGGGGGUGUUAUGGAGGAGGAGGUGAAGAGAUCAACCUUUGCCCUUUCUCCAUCCAUUCUGAGGACAGAAUAAUGCUGUGCUGGAUACUAAUAUCUCUGCUUCUCCAAUUUCUUAAAGCACAAGAAAUCGACAUGAUAAUUUACGCACAGGAAGGAGAGACUGUUACCCUACCCAGAGAUAAAAGAGCAAAUGAAGAGAAUGUUUAUGUGAACUGGUACUAUAAAUCAGAUACCACAGAAAUUAUCAGCAGGAACCCUCAGAGUGGGAUCAAAAAGGGGACCUGGACGCGCGUCUCUCUGUUACCAGAUUUCUCUCUCCAAAUCUCACCAGUGGAGGAUUCGGAUUUUGACAUUUUCCGCUGUGAACAACACGUAUUGAUAGAAAAGUUUACCAAGACUUACAGACUGUACCGUGUGUCCAUACCCAAAGUGCCAGCUGUGAUGGUUGGUGCCUCUCUGACUAUGAAUUGUGAAUUGGAAACCAGUCCAGUUAGUCGUCUCGCAACUGUAUCUUGGAUUCAACCAAACAACUCAGCAUGUAAACUUGAAAUAAUUUCUUACCCUAAAAAUAAAAUUUCAGUUCAAGGUGUGCCCAGUUGCGCCAGUGGUGUUUGGAAAUGCAAGGUGACGUAUAGAAGUCAAGAAGCAGAAGCAACAACGACUGUUUCUGUUAUAGAUCUUGCCCCUUCUCCACCAGAUCCCAUUUAUACCUCUGUAUUACACCACCCCUCUACAGUCGACAUCCCUUGUUUUUUGUCAUGUAACAUCCCCUGGUCCGUCUUAACCAAUAGUGGUCUCCUGGGGGGUAGCUGGAGCGUCACUCAAUUUAGUGUGCAAAACAAUCAGACUUCUCGAUCUCUUCUCAGCCUAAGUUUUCAUCCAACGAUUACAUGGAACGUCACAACUGGCUCAUACGUUACGGGAAGAAAUGUGAAAGACCACGACCUAUCAAUUUAUAAGGUGCCUGUAUCGGAGAAGAUCAGGGGGGUGUACACCUGUAGUCUGAAGUUCAUGAGCAAGACCCUCAGCAGGAAUGUAAAAGUGGAGGUUCUGCGGGUGUUGGUGUCCUCUACUGUGAGAUCUCCACUAUAUGAAGGUCAAGGGGUGAAUCUGACAUGCACAUUAGGAUAUCCUAUGACCUCUGACCUCGAGGUGAAAUGGAAAUGUCCAAUUCGCUCCACUCUUCCCUCACUCAGCUCCUCUCCUCACCCUGCUAAUCUGUCCAUCCCUGAAUUGAGACUGGAGAACAGCGGGAGAUGGAUAUGUGAACUCUGGAAAAAUGACAAGAUGCUGACAUCCGCUGAGCACAUCCUGAAGAUUGAGAAAGUACCUGUGGACAUCUGGCUUUGGGUUGCCGUCAGCAGUGGAGUUGUGGUCUUCAUCUUGCUACUUGUUAUUGCCAUCAUAGCCAUUCGCAGACACAAAAAGAUGAUAAUGUACAGGCGACGCAAGACCAGGUUCUGCUGCUGUAAAAAUCCCCAGCCAAAAGGAUUCUACAAGACCUGAGGAUCUUCUUCUUUUCAUAUUUAUAACUGAUGUUAUAAAUUACCAUUUUGAUGUAGAGCUGUCUGAAUAAAACCUCCCAAGCCAGUGACUGCCUUCAUUGUGCAGAUGAUAUGAUAUUUCUAAUUUAAAUCUUGUAUCAUACUCUCAUGACCACAUUGUAAAUAUUUGAACAUACUUAAUAAGAGGCAGUAUAAUAGGCAGGAUAAAAAAAAAUAUGCUUGAUCUCUUUAGGUGUAAAUAACAUGAUACAGUAUGUGAUGGUAUGUCCUACACUGAAUCACUCUGGAAAAAAACAUUCAAUACAAUGUAAUUGAAGCUAGGCACUGUGAUAUGCUAUGCAUUUUAGAUUACAACUUUGUCCACAAUGCCAAACAGACGUCCUUAAAAUUUCUUGAAUAUACUGCUGUUUUUGUUUUUUUUUUUUUUUUUUUUAGAUGACCACCUUGCUUACUUAUCUCCUAUGCUCUGAAUGGUCUAUGAAAUGUAUACAUUAACUUUUGUUUUUGAUUUUAUUUUUGUAUUUGUAUGACUGUGUAGCACCCAUAGCUGAUUUUUGAUGCUUAGCAACAUUCUGUUUUAUGUUAGGGACCAUUGUCUUCUAGUAAAAAGAUGGCAUUUUAUAAUUUAACUUGAAAAAUAUAAACAUUUGUACCCUACUACUUUUAUUAUUGGAAAUCAUUUCAUAAAAAAUAAGGCACUCGAGGCUGUGCCAUCCUGUGAAUUCUUCACGUCGUGGCUAAAACAUUAUUCAGCUAUGACUAUCUUCGCAAUAUAACAACCUCACAAUAUUCCAGAUACAUUUGUUUCUCUCCAUUAUAUUGUUUUCGGGUUUCACCUCCAAAAGCUUGUUUGGUACCAUUUAACAAUCAUAUCCCCUCAUGUACCCAUUCAAUAUGUACAGAACCUUGCUUCGGGAAUUAUGGUCUUCAUGGUCACUUCAUAAGCUGGAUCUACAAAUCUGUCUACCUUUGUUAAAUAUUUUAUCAGGUUUUGCUCCUAAUUUUACCAUGGACCAUAAGUAGUCAUCUAGGGCAUACGUAGAGCCGCCAGUAUCUACAAACGCGAUGCAGCAGCACCGUUGAGUGAAUUGUAUUAUUAUUAUUAUUAUUUGAUAAAGUGUAAAGAGAUUAUCUCUAAACGCUCAUGGAGCAGCGGGAGCGCAACUGAUGGCACAGCCAAGACAGACAGUCGGACUAAGCUGAUCCACCAAUCAGAACGUUCAUUUCAGACGCGAGAAGACAUUUGCUAACCAAUCAUAUUUUCCGUUUCAGUAAAGGGCGGGACGUUUCCAGCGUCCAAUGCUUAUAUAUAUAUACUUUGUGAAAAAACUGCAUGUUAUUGCACCCGUGCUAUUUAUUAUAAUAUUUUUUUUACACAUUUAACAUCAAGUUACCAUUCUUAGUUGUCCAGUACACCACGCCAGCAAAAAACCUUCCCUGAUAUACAUUUUGAAUAUCAUGUGGGACUAUAAUUACAACAUCCAAUGUUUUUUUUUGAUGAAAUCAAAAAAAGUAUAUUUUUACACAUUUUAGAUAUGUACUGUAUAUAAAUAAAUAUAUGCAUGUUUUAUGACCAUUGUUUUUUUUUUUUUGAGUGCUCCAAAUGUUUGUUUGUUUUUAUUUCCCCCUUGCUUUGUUAUUUGAGCGCUCCAAAUGUAUAUUUCUUUAGUCCUUGUGGUGGAAAUUCUGUAAUAAAGACUCUACUAAGUAUUAAAUGAACACACUUUCAAGUGUGUUCAAAACC